AUGAAUCAAAUACAGCAACAACAGCAGAACCCUCUGGUAGGGUCAAACGGAACUACUUUGCCCGUGGUCGUUGAUACUCGCCGACCAUCUGGACGUCCCAAGCAUAAUUCAUACACCGACUUGAUGAAGCCGGGCGAGAGCUGGGAGGAUCUCCCUGAUGCCGCUGAGCGGAGGAGGAUUCAGAACCGUCUAGCACAACGGGCAUACCGCCGAAACAUGCGCGACCGCACGAAAGAGGUCGAGCUCCUCAAAAGCCAAGUCAAAAACCUUCAAGAAGCCAUGAACAGCAACAGCAGCACCCCCAAAGAUAGCAGCAAUAGCGGCAGCAUCAGCGCGAGCGCCAGUACCAGCGACGGGGACGACCGUCCCACGCGAGCCUCGUCUCAAGUCAGUACUAGCAGCGUCUCUCCUGGUCCCCGCGACCCCCCGAGUACAUAUUUCCCGUCUCCAGACCAGGAGAUGCUGGGCGACGGACUGAGCUGGCCGACGGACCUCGACCACGACUUCACCAACUGCUUCGAUAAAACCAAAGACAUUACAGCGACUGUCACAAGUAUGCCGGCCUCUGCAUCACCUUCGACGAUGGCCUCGACAGCGAGCGCCCAGAACGCGAUGCGAUGGCUGGAGUCCGAUGUCUACUAUCCUUUCCCGCCCCCAUCGCCGCCCAACGUCGACCCUAUGCUCCGCUCAAUGCCAAGCAACAUGUCCGACACGCAACGGCGAAUCGCCUCGGGCUGUUCCCUGUCCAGCCGUGAUCCAGAGGCCGACGAGCCCUUAAUCCAUAUCGCCAUCUCGCGCGGCACAAUUGACACUCUCCAAUUGUUGCUAUUGACAUAUCCCAUAUCGGUGAAUGUGCGAGACCGGGCGGGCUACACACCACUCCAACGAGCUGUUAUUACGGGGCGGACAGACAUGAUGAAACUGCUCAUUGAACACGGUGCGGACGCGGGAUUGUAGCAUAUCCACGUGGCUGCGUCGGACAAAAUCCGAGCGAAACGCACAAAGCCCGAAGCAAUUAAUUGCAUAGGGGCUUGGUUAGUUACACCAAGAAGGGGCGGAAUUUCUGGUCUGUGACAGGAACCGACCGCCAAGAUACCCACUGAUCGCAGUCAUGCGAUGUGUUAAUAUUUUUCCUUUUUCUGUUCAUCAGAGUUCUUUGUCCAUAUGGCUUGUCUUGGUAUCUUCGUGUGGUCCAUUGGCGAAGGCGUCCUCCCGGUUUGAUUUCUAGCGGCAGAUCUGAUUGAUUAGACUACAAAUACCCAACUAUGGCUGGCCU